CUGACCUACACUGACUGAAUACAUGAACAUGGCGGCUGUAAUGAUGAGGAUCCUACAAAGUCCGUUCACAUAUCAGCGCUGUUUCUCUCUCAGCACUUCUGCUAAAUCUGUUAUUGCAUUCACCAGAUCACUUCCCGACAAAGUGAAAAUAGUAGAAGUGGGACCCAGAGAUGGACUGCAGAACGAGAAGACCGUCGUCCCAGCCGAGGUGAAGAUCCAGCUGAUCGACAUGCUGUCAGAGGCCGGGCUUCCUGUCAUCGAGGCCACGAGUUUCGUCUCACCCAAGUGGGUUCCUCAGAUGGCCGAUCAGGAGGAAGUGAUGCGUGGCAUCCAGAGAAAGCCUGGCGUGAACUACCCGGUACUGACGCCCAAUCUUAAAGGCUACAGAGCCGCCGUGAAGGCCGGGGCGAAGGAGGUGGCGAUAUUCGGUGCCGCGUCGGAGCUCUUCAGUAAGAAGAACAUCAACUGCUCGGUGGAGGAGAGUCUGCAGCGCUUCGAGGAGGUGAUGAAGGCCGCCAAGGAGGAAGGAGUUCCUGUACGAGGGUACGUAUCGUGUGUUCUGGGAUGCCCGUACGAAGGCAGAGUAUCCCCGUCCAAGGUGGCAGACGUGGCGAAGCGCCUAUACGCCAUGGGCUGCUACGAGAUCUCGCUGGGCGACACGAUCGGAGUGGGCACGCCGGGUGGCAUGGCCCAGAUGCUGGAGGCGGUGAUGAAGGAGGUUCCGGUCGACGCCCUGGCGGUGCACUGCCAUGACACUUACGGCCAGGCGCUCGCCAACAUCCUGGUCGCUUUGCAGAGCGGCGUUAGCGUGGUGGACUCUUCAGUAGCCGGGCUGGGUGGAUGCCCGUAUGCUCAGGGGGCUUCUGGAAACGUGGCUACAGAGGACGUGGUGUACAUGCUGCACGGACUCGGCAUCCAUACGGGGGUGGACCUGCCCAAACUGAUGGAUGCUGGUUCGUUCAUCUGCCGCUCCUUAAACAGAAGAACCAGUUCCAAAGUGGCCCAGGCGUCGUGUAAACUCUGAUCUCACUGAUUUAGUGUGUGUGUGUGUGUGUGUGUGUGUGUGUGUGUGUGUGUGUGUGUGUGUGUGUGUGUGUGUGUGUGUGUGAGAGACACUUUACAUGUCUGUAAUGAGCGACCCGAGCCCCAUAACAACAACAAUAGAAAGUGCUUCCUGUGUUUUGAAGUCCGGGAGGGUUCCUCCUGGAUUUACUGAUUUCAAUCUGGACGUGUUUGUCUUUCCGAACCUCUUCUGUUUCUUUGGAAAGAACGGGAGCUGCCGACGACCCUGUAGGGAUCGAUGAGCGUUCACGGCAUUGUUCCGACGGUGAAGUGUACCACACACACUUCCCUACCAGGUCACACUUUCCGUUCACUCUCAGAUUAUAGGAGGCGGCGUGAAUCAUGAAUCAGACGGGGAGACGCUGCAGCACUGGAGGACUUUGUGUAGUUGGUUUUGUAGUGUGCCUCUCUCUCUCUCACACACAUACACACACAAGCUCUGUUUAUAAGGUGGUGUGUAUACGGUGGCUGCUUCUCAUCCAAACUCUUCAGACCUGGUAUAAAUAUAUGGAAGCAAAUACGUGGGAACGUUCGGUUCCUUUAUACUCACACCAGAUUCAUCCUGUGGGCGUAUUUUUGGAUUUUCGGAUUCAGCUCUGCAUCAUUUAACCAGCAUUUUAACAAAACAGACACAUAAAGGUUCUAGAAAUCUGUAUUUCAGUGGUUCCUGAAGUUUUUGUCAAGAUGCAGAAUCUGCUAUCUCCAUAUGAACCUAUAGUAAACUAACAUGAGGUCUGGAGCAGUAGGGAAUUUUGAUCUUGUAAAUGGGUACGACUCAAUUGGGAGCAAAAUUGGAGAAAUGGGUUCAGAUCUACCUAAGAAACGUCUAAUCUUAUUAUGAUGUGAGGCCUGCUUGGCUGUGGACAGUGUCCUGCAUCUUCCAGCAGAUUUUAAUUUGUGCCAGUACUGUAUUGGGGUAAUCGAUGAUGCUCUCUUGUAGUAGAUGAAGUAGAGUUAUCGGUCCUGAUAAAUGUCCUCUCAGCACAGGGGGACAAGAUUUGGGUUUCAUUUAUUUUUCUCAACCUUGGCAAGUGACAACUGGUCAAUUUUUGUAUUGGGUGCUGUAAAACUAGCUCAGAUUAUAUUGGCACAGAGAAGUCUCCAACGUUAAGUGACUAUAGAACAUUCUACACUAGCAAAUCAGUAAAUAACCCCUAAAAUUGUGUGUAUAUAAAUAUUUGACCUCAUAAUGUCCCUGCUGUGCCAAUCUAAAGUGAGAAUCAUUACCCAUAAUGCACAGCUUCGUCUUACCGAAAUGCACCAGCUAUUUUGGAGAUGAGUUACUAUUCUGGAACACAUCAAAGGAUUCUUGUACAAAACUUCAAAGGAUCAAAGGAACGAGAAGCUUCUGUUGUUUUUAUUUCUAUAAAAGAAAAGAUGAAUGUACAAGUGAAUGUAUAAUAAUUGAUAUGAAAUAAAUGUGGAUCCUCCUGCUUUUCUGUUCCGAUGUAGACGGUGGGACGAUGUUUUGUUGUGCGGGUUUGGUUUGUUUGUCAUGGUUUAAUUUUAGUGACGUUACUGGACUGAUGAAAAACAGACUCUGUGCUGCAGAUGCAACCACGAGGUGAAUUUUACCAGCAACAGCGUCUUCGGUUCGUCAGAUUUACAGAUUUGUGUUUAAUGAUGUUUUCUGUCAUAUUUUUUGUGUUGGAACGACUAAUGUAAAUCAGAGAGAUUAAUUUUAAAUAAAAUGUAGAUCCUUAAUAAA